CCCAAUUAGAAUCAACCUUUAUAUUCUUCUACAUCAAUUUCUUCAUAUAAAACUUCAUUGAGGAUCAUAUUUGAUCAAAACUCACUGUCAUUUCGUACUUUUCUUCUGAAAAUUUCUUGAUAAAAUGAAAGCCGGAAAUCCUCUAAAUCUCACGUCUCUGAAUCACGUCUCCUUCCUAUGCCGAUCACUACAAGAAUCAGUCGACUUCUACACCAAAAUUCUUGGAUUUGUCCCAAUUAAGAGACCUCAAGAUUUUGAUUUUGAUGGUGCAUGGCUUUAUAACUAUGGAAUUGGGAUACAUUUGAUUCAAUCAGCAAACCCAGAUAAAAUUCUCAAGAAAACUGAAAUAAAUCCAAAAGAUCACCAUAUUUCCUUCCAGUGUGAGAACAUGGGAGCUGUGGAGAAGAAACUGAAAGAAAUGGGGAUAGAGUACAGGAGACAGAGGGUGGAAGAAUAUGGAAUCCAUGUCGAUCAGUUAUUUUUCCAUGAUCCUGACGGGUUCAUGAUUGAGAUCUGCAACUGCGAUAUUCUUCCGGUGAUUCCCAUCACUGGAGAGAUGGGUCUAUUGAGCUCCCGGAUUCGUGUUCUGCCGCUACAAGCAGCAUUAACAAAUACGACAGUUUGUUCUGCUGUGAAAAGAUAGGAGAAUUCAAAAAUUGGUGGUUGUGGCUUUCAAGUUGUGAUCGGAGCUUCUUGCUCCAGCCUCCGGUGGUGUUUUCAGUUGGGUUGCUUGCUCGGAAUAAGGGUUUGUUUCUGAAAGUGAUAAUUUGAAAUAAAAUAAUCAUAAUCAACUAUAACAAACGGGCUAUGUAAAAUAUUGUGUUUGUAUCAUUAUUAUUUUUAUUUUAUUUUUGAAAAAAUGUGUUUAUAUAAUUAUAUGUGCUUUGGAAUCUG